CUGCAGUGGAAGAAACUUUAUGUCUUAAACGGACGGACAGAUUCAUUUCAAACAACAUUUGGUUCGCGACGAUUUUGUUGAUCACCUGUCGAAGGGGGAACAAAAAAAGGCCUUUCUCAUGUUAGAGGCUAGCUUCUCCCUCUGAAGGGCGCAGGAUGAAAGAUGGCGCAGCUGCUUGCACCACCGGGUCCAGACAGCUUCCGCCCUUUAAGUCGUGACUCCCUCAAAGCCAUCGAGAGGCGCAUCGCGGAGGAGAAAGCCAAGAAACCCAAGGCAGAGAAGAAAAAACGCAAAGAUGAGAAUAAGCCCAAACCGAGCCGUGAGCUGGAAGCGGGCAAAUCCCUCCCUUUCCUGUACGGGGACACUCCUAAAGGCAUGGUUUCGACACCGCUGGAGGACCUCGAUCCCUACUACUGUAAUCAGAAAACUUUCAUAGUAGUAAACAGAGGGAAUGUCAUCUUCCGCUUCAACGCCGCACCUGCCUUGUACCUCCUGAGCCCCUUCAACCUUCUAAGAAGAAUAUCAAUAAAGAUUUUGGUACACUCAUAUCCUGAAUCAUCUGCUUGCAAAUUGUUCAGCAGGUUCAUUAUGUGCACUAUCCUCGCUAACUGUGCAUAUAUGACACAGAGUCAGACUCAGGAUUCCACCAAGUAUGUAGAGUACACAUUCACUGCAAUCUAUACGCUUGAAUCCGUCAUUAAAAUUUUAGCCCGAGGGUUCUGCAUAGGGAAGUUCACCUUUCUAAGAGAUCCCUGGAACUGGCUGGAUUUCAGUGUAAUUGUCCUGGCGUAUGCAACGGCAAUGUUUGCACGACUAGGUAAUUUUUCAGCGCUUCGAAUAUUCAGAGUGCUAAGAGCUUUUAAAGCCAUUUCUGUCAUCCCAGGCCUGAAGACCAUCGUGGGUGCAUUGUUCCAGUCAGUGAAGAAGCUUGUACAUGUGAUGAUUCUCACCGUCUUCUGCUUGAGCGUCUUUGCCCUCAUAGGGUUGCAACUGUUUAUGGGCCAUUUAAAGCAAAAGUGUGUAAGGAUUUCCACCUCAGACAAUGGAACCGAAAACGGCACAAUCGACAGGGAAACGUACAUCCUCAAUAGCAGUAAUCAUUAUUACCUUCCAGGCAAGCGAGAUCCAUUGCUUUGUGGAAACGGCAGUGCAGCUGGGCAGUGUCCAGAUGGGUUUGUUUGCCUCAAAGUGGGAAAAAACCCUGACUAUAAUUACACCAGUUUUGACUCUUUUGGGUGGGCAUUCCUCUCUCUGUUUCGACUGAUGACACAGGAUUACUGGGAAAACCUUUACCAGCAGACUUUGCGAGCAUCCGGGAAGCCCUACAUGAUCUUUUUUGUGCUGGUGAUAUUCCUCGGUUCUUUCUACCUGAUCAACCUGAUCUUGGCCGUUGUAGCCAUGGCCUACGAGGAGCAGAGUCAGGUCACCAUAAAGGAGGGAAUCGAGAAGGAGGAAGAGUUUCAGGCCAUGCUCGAGCAGCUGAAACGGCAGCAAGAGGACGCUCAGGCAGCAGCAACUGCAGCAGGGAGCGGGGAGGCUGGCGAUAAAGUCACCGGCCCUGAGAGCUCCUCUGACACCUCCAAGCUCAGUUCCAAAAGCGCCAAAGAGAGACGUAACAGACGCAGGAAAAAGAAGGAGGAAGAGGGCAAAGGGGCUGAUGAGAAGGUUCCCGGAGUCAAUGAGUCACGGGGCAGUGUGCGGAAAGGUCGCUGCCGCUUCUCUGUGGACGCAAACCAGCUCAACUAUGACAUGAAAUGCUCAUCCGCACAUCAGUCCUUUCGUGGACCCCUCUUCUCAUCCAGACGGAACAGCAAGACCAGCCUUUUCAGUUUCCGAAGCCAAGUGCAGGACAAUGGCUCCGAAAACGAGUUUGCCGAUGACGAGAACAGCAUUUUUGAGGACAACCUGAGUCGGAGGGGCUCUUUUUUUCAUCCCAGAAGUUGUGAUCGACGCAGCAGCAGUAUGAGCCAACGGAGUUUCUUAUCGCAUCUCCUUUUUUCCCCCAAUGGGAUGAAGCAUAGCUCUGUAAACUGCAAUGGCGUUGUUUCUCUAGUGGGUGGGAAUUCACUCCCAUCAUCACCCGUGGGGCUCGUUCUGCCUAAAGCGGACACCACUGACACGGAGUACAGGCCGGCCAGUGGAGGAACGCAACCGGAGUGUAUGGACUUCCUUGAGGGCCCAGAGGCCAGACAAAGAGCUCACAGUACAGCUAGUGUCAUGACCACCGUGGAGGAGCUUGAGGAAUCGAGGCAGAAGUGUCCCCCUUGCUGGUACGAUUUUGCCCACACCUUCCUCAUCUGGGAUGGUUGUCCAGCAUGGUUGAAGAUCAAGAGGAUAGUCAAACUAAUUGUGAUGGAUCCAUUUGGGGACCUCACCAUCACCAUCUGCAUUGUACUCAACACCAUGUUUAUGGCCAUGGAGCAUUAUCCAAUGUCCCCUGGUUUCUUCCAAAUGCUAAAUGUGGGCAAUCUGAUAUUCACGAGCAUCUUCACGGCUGAGAUGGUCCUCAAAAUCAUUGCUUUGGACCCAUACUAUUACUUCCAGGAGAAAUGGAAUAUUUUCGAUGCAGUCAUUGUCUGUUUAAGCUUGAUAGAGCUUUGCUUGGCCAACGCGGGCCUCGGCCUGUCUGUUCUGAGGUCAUUCAGAUUGUUGAGAGUAUUCAAGUUGGCUAAAUCGUGGCCCACACUUAACACGCUGAUCAAAAUAAUUGGUAACUCCGUGGGCGCUUUGGGGAACCUGACGCUGGUAUUGGCCAUAAUUGUCUUCAUCUUUGCCGUGGUCGGCAUGCAGCUGUUUGGAAAACACUACGAGGAAUGUGUGUGUAAAAUCUCUGCCGAUUGCACUCUGCCCCGCUGGCACAUGAAGGACUUCUUUCAUUCAUUCCUCAUUGUGUUCCGAGUGCUUUGUGGAGAGUGGAUAGAGACCAUGUGGGACUGUAUGGAGGUGGCUGGGACCCACAAGUGCAUCACUGUCUACAUGAUGGUCAUGGUUAUUGGAAACCUUGUGGUGCUGAACUUGUUCCUGGCCCUGCUGCUGAGUUCGUUCAGUGCUGACAAUCUGGCAGCGACAGAAGAUGACAGCGAAAUGAACAACUUGCAGAUCGCCAUUGGUCGGAUUCGCAAAGGCUUCGCCUUCAUCAAAUCCCUGCUUCGAAACAGCUGUUACAGUGUUUGUCUAAGAAGGAAGAAGAAAUGGAAGAGUGAGGAAAAAUCUCUGGAUGAGCUCCACAAACCUUCAGGGCCAAAUGGUGUCCCCAACCAUACCGUCAAAGACUUUCCUAGGAACGGAAAUGGGGACGUGACGGGAGUGGACAAAACCGGAGACAAGUACAUAGUGAGCAGCAAGAGUGAUGAUUCCAUCAUGUCUUUCAUCAACAAUCCCAGUCUGACUGUCACAGUCCCCAUAGCAGUGGGAGAGUCUGACUUUGAAAACCUUAACACGGAGGACUUCAGCAGUCUCUCGUCUGAUGCAGCAGGAUUCAAAAUGAUUGUAGAAGACGAUGGCCAGCUCAGCUCCUCUGAGGGCAGCACAAUAGACUUUGAUCAAGGCGAGGAGGGAGGAGAGUCGGUGGAGUUUGAAUUGGACAACUCUAUGGUACCUGACGCCUGCUUUCCUGAUGGCUGUGUGAAAAGGUUUGAGUGUUGCCAGGUCAAUGCGGAAGUGGGCUGGUGGAAGGUAUGGUGGAUGCUCAGGAAGACCUGUUUCCGGAUCGUGGAGCACAACUGGUUCGAGAGCUUCAUCAUCUUCAUGAUCCUGCUGAGCAGUGGAGCGCUGGCAUUUGAGGAUGUCUACAAUGCGAAGAGGAAGAACAUUCAAAUAGUGUUGCAAUUUGCAGACAAAAUUUUCACCUACAUCUUCAUCCUGGAGAUGUUACUGAAGUGGGUGGCAUAUGGAUUUGCUAAGUAUUUUACAAAUGCCUGGUGCUGGCUGGACUUCCUCAUUGUUGAUGUCUCACUGGUCAGCACGGUAGCCAAUGCUCUGGGGUAUUCUGAACUCGGCGCCAUCAAGUCUCUGAGGACCCUUCGAGCUCUGAGGCCGCUCAGAGCCCUGUCGCGGUUUGAAGGCAUGAGGGUGGUUGUCAAUGCCCUGCUUGGAGCCAUUCCCUCCAUCUUCAAUGUGCUGCUAGUAUGUCUCAUCUUUUGGCUCAUCUUCAGCAUCAUGGGAGUUAACCUAUUUGCUGGAAAGUAUGGCCAUUGUGUCAACAUGACCUCAAAUACGGAUUUCAGUCCUUCAGAGGUGGCAAACAAGUCAGUUUGUGAUAGUUUGGGCAAAGACAUUGCUAUCUGGAAGAUUGUCAAAGUCAACUUUGACAAUGUUGGCAUGGGUUACCUUGCGCUGCUGCAAGUGGCUACAUUCAAGGGCUGGAUGAAUAUCAUGUAUCCUGCUGUGGACUCUCAAAGCAAGGCAGAAGAACAACCAGAAUAUGAGAUCAACCUGAUUAUGUACCUGUAUUUUGUAGUUUUCAUCAUAUUUGGAGCCUUCUUCACACUCAAUCUCUUUAUUGGCGUUAUCAUAGACAAUUUCAAUCAGCAAAAGAAAAAGUUUGGAGGUCAAGACAUCUUCAUGACUGAAGAACAGAAAAAAUACUACAAUGCCAUGAAAAAGCUGGGAUCAAAGAAACCACAAAAGCCUAUUCCUAGACCAUCUAACAAAAUUCAAGGAUACAUCUUUGACUUCACCACAAAACAAGCAUUUGAAAUAAUAAUAAUGGUUUUAAUAUGGCUAAAUAUGGUAGCCAUGAUGGUGGAAACUGACGAUCAGUCUGAGGAAAAGACAGAGGUUCUCAAAAAAAUUAACGUAUUUUUCAUUAUCAUCUUCACUGGAGAGUGUCUAUUGAAGAUUAUCUCACUUCGCCAUUACUUUUUCACAAAUGGUUGGAAUGUAUUUGAUUUCAUCGUCGUCGUCCUGUCAAUCAUUGGCAUGUUUCUCGCAAACCUGAUUGAGAAGUAUUUUGUUUCACCAACCUUGUUCAGAGUCAUCCGCUUGGCCCGGAUUGGACGCGUCCUCCGCCUUAUUAAAAGUGCCAAAGGCAUCCGCACGCUGCUGUUUGCCUUGAUGAUGUCACUUCCUGCCUUGUUCAACAUUGGUCUCCUACUCUUCUUGGUGAUGUUUAUCUAUGCCAUCUUUGGCAUGUCAAACUUUGCUUAUGUCAAGAGGGAAUCGGGCAUUGAUGACCUGUUUAACUUUGAGACCUUUGGCAAUAGCAUGAUUUGUUUGUUCCAGAUUACCACCUCAGCAGGGUGGGAUGGCCUGCUAGCGCCCAUUCUCAACAAUCAUGAGGAUGAUUGUAACAAUAGCACGGAGCAUCCCGGCAGUCACAUCAAGGGAGACUGUGGGAAUCCUCCCGUAGGCAUCGCCUUCUUUGUGAGCUACAUCAUCAUCUGUUUCCUGAUCGUGGUGAAUAUGUACAUUGCAGUAAUCCUAGAAAACUUCAGUGUGGCCACGGAGGAGAGCACGGACCCACUGAGCGAGGAUGAUUUCGAAACAUUUUACGACGUCUGGGAAAGGUUUGAUCCCCAUGCAACGCAGUUCAUGGAGUACAAAAAGCUGUCGGAAUUUGCUGACGCGCUGGAUCCACCAUUACGCAUACCCAUGCCUAAUAAGAUGGAACUGAUCUUAAUGGAUCUACCGAUGGUGAGCGGUGAACGCAUUCACUGCCUGGACAUCCUGUUUGCGUUUACGAAGCGGGUCCUGGGCGAGGGAGGGGAGAUGGAUAUUCUACGGGGGCAGAUGGAGGAGCGCUACGUGGCCUCCAAUCCCUCUAAGUUGUCCUACGAACCCAUCACUACCACCCUGCUCCGCAAACAGGAGGACACAUCCGCCACCGUCAUCCAGAGAGCAUUCAGGAAAUAUGCAAGGAAACAGGCGGCUACGAAUCCCUCUGACACGCACAGGGGUAACAUUCAAAAGGAUGUAACGCUUGUUGACAAAGGGGAUCUGGUCACAGGCAAACUUCAAGACAUUUCUAGUGACGAUAAAAGUGAACUGGCACCUUCAACGCUCCCUGAGCCUCCAUGUAACAACGUGAGAACAAAUGGAAAAAACAAAUAUGAAAAAGACAAAAGUGAAAAGGAGGAUGAGGGCAAAGAUGUCAGAGAGCAGUAGAAGUAGAAUACUGCUGAAAAUGCAACAAAGACAUUUUAAUUAAUGACAAAAUGUUUACAAGUCCUUCAUUGGACUCCCUUUCUUAGUCUGGAUAUCUAUGCCAAACUGGCCAUGCUUUUCUUGAGUCCAAAGGUUAUGGGGUACAUAUGCUCAGUCAGACUGUAGUUGGACAAUUUUGGCCUUUUAGCGCAAGUGUUCAGAAAGAAAGUAGUAGCUAGUUCUGCUAUAAAGUGUCUGGAAUUUGUGUUAUAUCACUGACUGUUGUAUUACUUUACCUACAUUUGAUUCAGGUACCGGGGAAAAAAAACCCUACACAUAAUAAAAAUAAAAUACACCAUUUUUUUUUGUUUCCUUUAGUUGUUUCCUUCCGGGUUAGCCUUAUAAACAAGCAGCACUGCCAAAGGCUAGUCUUACUGUUAAGAAUGUUAAUGUCAAUACUUGACAAAACCAAGAGACCAUGUUGGAGUUUCUGCAGUUAAAUAAAUAUGUAGACCUGCAUGAAGGUUUCUCCAUUAUUAUGCAUGCCAGAGUGUACAAUUUUCAUCUUAUGCCUCUGCAGAACAUGAGAUUAUAUUCCAAACAAGUCCAAACUAAUCUGGUCAAGUAUGUUUGAUAAUCAGUGUCAGAGCAGUUACGGUUGGCAGAAAUACUUUGCACAUGCAAAAUUAUUCACAAACCAUUUACAAUAUUGCUUAUUAUGUACAGAUUUGAUAUGAAACUGUGCAAAAAGUCUAUAGAGAGUUUGCAUUCAUCAGCUGGCAUUUUUUAAAGCAUGUCGUUACAUUGAAACAUCAGUUCAACUGACCUUAUCAAUUACCUCACUCAUUCAUAAAUCUUUGAAAGUGUGCUCUAGGAGGAGAUCGGCUCUGAUUGAACAUCAUUCUUCAAAAUACAAGUCUCCUUUGUGUGUCUUUUCCUAUGUGAUUAUGUUUCAUUCGUAGUUGUUUUUCAUGUUUGACUUCAACGUAAUUUUACAAAAUCUUAUUGAAAGAAAGAAGCUUAUUGAACAAUUACUAUUCAUCAACUGAUAGGAAACCAAAUAUAUUCUGCAUGAUCUAUCUUUGUUAAUGCAGACAGAUUUACUUUAAAUGUAGCAGGAGUUGUGAGGGGAAAAUGUCAAUGUCUAUUAAAAAAAUGGAUGUUACUUUUUAACCUUUAAAUGCAUAUUUUUCUUUAAGAAUGGUGACCUUUAGGUUAUUUUUGUACAUUAUAAACUGUUUUCUCACAGUUUACUUCUCAAUCUUUAUCAUGAUAAAUAUCUAAGUUGAAGGAGAGUCUGCUCAGAACAUUGAAUACUGAAUGAUUGUCUCAAGGACAUGGCAUCACACAUCUCAUGUUUCCUUCUUCUGUUUACAUUUGAUGUUGGCAGUUUUAUUUUUAGAUUAGUUUAGUUUCAUCCACCUAGACUGUAUCUCCGUCUCACCUGUUGUUCUAUGUCAUCAAAGUUUAAUUCCAUUACUGUAAGUAUAUGAUGCAUGUAAUUACGUCCAGUACAUACAAUAUACUUUAUGCAUAACGAAAGAAUGUUUUGAUUACAUAGAAUUUCACACUUCCAAUCAUUUAUAUGCAUAAUUCUUGUAGUGUAUAAAUCGACUGCAUGCAAGACACUGCUAUAACCCAUCUUACGGAAACGGCAAAAGAAUAAAGAUGAUGUACCUGAAGUCCGCCUGCAACAUGAUUUUACUUUCCUUACAUAAAAUACUUGUAUAUAUAUAUUGUUUUAUCAAGGCAAGGUCCUUCAUUUCAUUGGUAACUGUGAGAAGGGGUGGAUUAUAGGUCAAAUGUUCUUAUAGGGUGACGCUGGCUGCUAAUGGGCUUUUUUUUCAUUAACAUUGUCCUUAUCGUCCAUGUUGUAGUCAA